AUGCUUUCUGAGCUUUAAGCCUUAUCAAGUUUAUGAAUUAUUGAAGUGUAGGAGACAAAGAGAAGGCGAUACGAAAAGCAGCAGUCAGUUCAUGACUGAGUACUCACAGUGGAUUACACUAAAUCUUUACUUUUUGGUUGCUUUUUAGUGUUCACUGAUUGCAAAAUGGCAUAAUCUUCGUGAAGUUUUGGAUCAUAUCAUCUUGUUCUCUUGUUGUUGUUAUUUAUAUAUUCUUCAGUCUCCAAUCAUCUCUCCUGUUUGUGUCUCCUGCUGUACUCAACUGAGUUUCUUCUCCUGCAAAGAUAACAAAAAUAAAAAGAACCCAAGUUUUUACUAGUAAAUUACCAACCACUAUCAGCUUCUGCCUACAUAUAUUCAAGGUACUUAUCAACUGAUACCAUCAACAAAAUUUGUAAAAGGAACAAUUCCUAGUACUUCUGAAACCACUCUUGCUAAGCUUAUGGAAUCUCAGGCACAGACUCUACAACAAAUAUUAAAGAUUUUAACAAGUAUGGAUGGCAGAAUUCCAGUACAAAAUCAAGAUAGUCCUAAUAACCAAAUAAAGAACACUCAUCAAACUGAAGCAAAAGAGGAUGGCAAAGUUGAAAACCCUGCAUCAGUCUGUGAACCACAUGCUUUUGGGGUAAACGUAAAUCUAAAAUAUUUCGGCUCUUGCUUGUCAAACAACUUAAGGAGAGGGGAAUCAGGCUUAUGUUUACAAGGAACACGAGGAUCUGUAUGAAGCAGCAAAGCGAGGCAAUUGGAAACGGGCUGAUGAAAUUUUCAAUGUAAAUCCAGGAGCAACAAUGACAGACAUCACAAUUGAAUCAGAAACAGUGCUGCACAUAGCUGCAGAUCAUACAAACUGGCAAUUCGUGGAAAAUUUAGUAGGACUCAUGCCACCAAAAGCACUUGAACAAAAGGAAAGUAGGUAUGGGUACACAGCGGUUCACACAGCUGCCAUGGAAGGAAACACCAAAGUUGUUAAGCUGAUGGUGAAGAAAAACCCGUGUUUGACAAAGAUACAUGAUAACUAUGGAAGGAUACCGCUGCACACAGCUGUAAAGUUUGUUUCAGAACGACAAAAGGAGGUGGUGCAGUAUCUUUAUUCUUCUACCAGAUACGACAACCCAACUCCUUUCACUGGUCCUCGUGGCGCUUCCCUUCUAUGUGAUUUAAUUGAUUCUAAUUUCUACGAUAUCGCAUUAUCUAUUGUGCAAAAUUAUCCAAAGCUAGUCACUGAGAAAACAAAAGACGGAGUGUGCGCAUUAGAAGUGCUUGUUCGAAGGCCAUUUUCAUUUCGAAGUGGAAAUAAAACAACAUGGUGGAAAAGACGCCUCUACCCAUUUCUUCAAGUGGACACAGAGGCACCUAGUAACCUUGACAGCAAAGCAGACUUAGAGAGCCCGAGACACUCCUCAACAGUGCGUAGAGGAGCAAUAACAAAGUUAAUCUCAGAGUACCGCAUCACCUGCUUAACUCAAGUUUCUUUUAUCAAAAAACUGUACGACCAAAAGUUGAUAAACGAACAAGCUACGGAAUUGGUCUCUAAUAUGUUAGCACAGAUAGAUGUUACUAUGAACAAGUCAGAUGUUAAAGAUUUUUUCAAAAAAUCUAGCCUCAUGAAGACAGCAAUAACAUACGGGACAAUGGAAAUCAUUGUGCAGUGCCUUGAGAAAUUUCCUUACCUAAUCUGGGCUGAAAUGGAAGGACAAACAAUGGUACAAAUUGCCAUCGCAGAAAGAAAUGACAAGGUAUUCAACUUUAUAUGCGAAAAGAGUGAGGAAGACAUGGAUGAACUGAAUUCCAGAAUGGAUGAAAGAGGCAAUACUAUCUUGCAUUAUGCUGCUCAUAUUGCACCUUCUCACCAACUAAAUUCAGUCUCUGGCGCAGCAUUUCAGAUGCAACGAGAAGCACAGUGGUUUAAGGGGGUGGAAUCUAUUUUACUAGAAAGAUACAGGCUAGUGAGAAAUAAAGCUGGGAUCACUGCUCAAUGUAUAUUUACGGAGAAACACAAAGAUUUAGUGAUGGAGGGAGAAAAAUGGAUGAGAGGUACCUCACAUUCAUGUAUGUUAGUAGCAACCCUUAUCUCUAUAGUCGCAUUUGCUGCAGCUUUUACUGUACCCGGUGGCCACUACAAUGAUGCUAAGAGAGACGCCAUCGAUAGCCUUCCUAUUCUUUUGAACAGCAAUUCAUUCAUUGUCUUUGCAGUAGCAGAUGCCUUAGCUCUCUUCUCUUCCGGCACAUCAGUUCUUAUGUUCUUGGCUAUCCUAACAUCACGUUAUUCAGAAGAAGAUUUUGUUAAAGAAUUGCCACAAAAGUUUAUACUAGGUCUUGCAACACUCUUCAUUUCCAUGGCCACCAUGAUGAUAGCAUUUAGUUCAGCAAUAUAUAUCAUGCUUUUCCCAAGAUGGACAUGGAUUAUUAUCCCUAUAACAUUGCUUGGCUGUGUGCAAGUGGCAUUGUUCGUGUGGUUGUUGUUUCCUUUGUUUGUCGAAAUGGUCCAUUCUACAUAUUGGCCUACAGUAUUUCAUAAGAAAAGUCUCAGACGUAAAUUUAAAAGGAAAAGGUCCAUGUAGAAAUUAAACUUCAUAUGUCAGCACUUGUUUAGCUUUCUUUUCUCUUCUUAUAUCAUAAGUGUAUCAUAACUGAUGUGUGAUAUGUAACUGCCAGUAGUUUAUAAACGAAAUGAAAUUGAACUGGUGGAACA